CUGUUCUGUCAGAUCUGCCCCAGUUCUCACCUGACUUUCACUUUGAGCAGCACAGACAUCAGGCCAGACAGACAGACGAUGUCUCGAAUUUCAGUUGCCACGAUCAUCCUGCUGGUUCUGGCUCUCAAUGCAUUCUGUACAGAUGCCUCGGCUUUGUCGUGCUGCAGAAAGUACACCCAGACAAGAAUACAUAUGUCCCUUAUCAGAGGCUUUUCCAUUCAGUCGAACAAAGAACACUGCCACCUUGAUGCUGUGAUAUUUCAUGUAUAUGGUGGCAGGAAUAUUUGCACAGACCCAUCUAAGCCCUGGGUGAUGGACAACAUCCGUAAACUGAGGGAGAAAGUGGAAGCGAUUAAGAGAAAACGAAGAAAUUAAUUUGGAAAACAUCCAGACAGGACAAUGCUAUGCCAUGCAAAUCCCUUUGGAUUAACGUGCCAGCCAAAUGUGUAAUGUAAUUCUUUUUUUCAUGAAGGAGUUUUUUUCUUUAUGCAAUUUGCAUAAAAUCAAUUUUGCAUAUUUGUAUAUGCAUGUUCAUUUUGUAUGACUUGUUUGUUCGCUUUUUAAGCAAAUGCAUUAAAAUAUAUUUUUUACGUAAA